AUGUCAUCAUUAUAUAAAUUUAUUAUUUAUAAAAUAGUUUUUUUAUUACUAUCUCAAUGUUGUGUGUCGGAGGAAAUUUUGGGAUGUGGCGGCUUUAUCAAAAGCCAUACAAACAUUGAUUACUCCAAAGUACAGGUUGAACCACCUCGAGGUUGGAGUUUCGAGCCUACGGAAGUUCGUUUAGUAGUAGACGGAGUAAAUGAUUUGUGCAGUCAAGGUAAAGACAUCAAUUUCAAAUUUAACGGCUUUGGUAUUACUGGAAAAGUAAUAAGUCAAGGAUCCAACGAUGGACCCACUGGUGUCACCGUAUCGCUGUAUAAAAGCACCAAUCGCGAUGUAGUUGAACGAGUCACAACAACAUCACAGGGCGGUAUUUUUUCAUUCACUCCAAUCCAACCGGGUAAAUACGUUCUGGUAGCUUCUCACCCACACUGGGCAUUUGAGAAAAACACUGUAGAAGUCACAGUACGAGAAGGUAACACUGAGUUACCGAAUAACAGUUUAAUAAUAUUCGGGUAUGAUGUCAGCGGGCAGAUAACCAGCGAACCCGAAAAUCAGCCAGUCGUAGAUGUUUCAAUUUUACUGUUCGGUACAGGAAAAAUAAAAAAUUGCAAGACACCAGUGAUCAGUGAAGGUAACGCGGAAAAUGGCAAAGCUUUGUGUCAAGUCAAGUCCGACAAAAAUGGUAAAUUUAAGUUCUCAUCCGUGUCAAACGGUGAUUACACUUUUGUGCCAUACUUUGCUAAUUUCCAAACAAAAUUUGAUGUUGAACCAGCUAAAGUACCGUUCAAAGUACAUCACAAUGACUUGAUAGUGUCAGGAACAUUUAAGGUAACAGGUUUUACAGUCGCUGGUCGCGUAAUGAUGGAUAAAAAUACACCACUGGCUAACGCUAGAGUUUUUUUGUCGGGUAAAGAAGUCGCUAAAACUAAUUCAAAUGGUGCUUAUACAAUUGACAAAAUGAAAGCUGGCCAGUACUCAUUAAAAGUAGAGGCCAAUGAUGUUCAAUUCGAUGAACAAACCGUUAAAAUAUCACCAAGCGAGCAUCAUUUGCCGGAUAUUCUGCCUUCAUCUUACAAAGUAUGUGGUUCUGUGACUCUGUCAACCAAAGGAACUCUUCACCACCGCAAAAUAGUUAUUGAAAAUGCUGGUAAAACAUUUAAGCGCGAGGUUGAAACUGAUCCUCAGACUGGCCAGUAUUGUCUGUACCUUGUGCCGGAUAAUUAUCAAGUAAGUGUAAUUGUGACAGCUGAAGAAAAAACCAAAGGCCUUCAAUUCUUCCCAAUUCAACAAACCAUCGAGGUGUCCAGUAAAACAAUUAGUAAUAUAAAUUUCUUACAAUUAAAAGCCACCCUUCUAGGAUCUGUCGCGUGUUUGAAGAAUUCUGACUGCAGCAAAGCUUCUGUAACUUUAAAAGUUCUUGACGGAGUUACCGUUCAAACAAUUCCUAUUAAAGAUGGACGUUACGAAUUCACAGAAGUACUUCCAGGUCAUUACGAAGUUUUGAUUGACACAGAUGUUUUCUGCUGGGAGAAUCCAAGCCAUCGAGUUCUGAUAACAUCAGAACGGGCUGAAAUUCCCGUUUUUAAACAAACUGGAUUUUCAGUUACAUUUAUCUCUUCUCACGACUCUGCGGUAGAAUUCAUCGAUCCCGUUAAAGGAAAAAAAGUAGCUCUGACUCUACCUCUUGGUAGUACGAGACACUGCGUAUCAAGCCCUGGUGAGUAUAAAUUCAUCCCCAAAAGCUGUCACGUCUACGCAAAGGAUUCAUACACUUGGGACACUAAGACCCAACAGCCAAUUAUUCUAUCGUCAACCGAACACAGACACCGAGGUAAGAUAAUCAGCAAUGCAGGUGUUGACAAUGUCAAAAUAAAAAUAGAAUCUGGCGGUGACUCAACUACUUUUGGUCCGCUUAAGUACGACAAGACUGGAGACAGUUAUCGUUACAUUUUUGAGUUUAAUGCUCACACAGACUCUACUUAUGUUAUCACACCGAUAUCUGACAUCAUGCUGUUUAAUCCUUCCUCUCUAAAAGUCGUCGGAAGCAACGAUUGCCACAAUGACGUCGCGACGUUAGUAGGAAACCUAGGAAAAAUCGUUAGCGGAAAAAUAUCUCCAGCUCUUGAAGGAGUUACCAUCCAAAUUUACGGUAAAGACAAAAGCUCGCCUGUCCACACGCUGGUUACUCAAAAAGACGGAGCUUAUCGUAUCGGGCCGCUUGACGGUACAAUUGAGUACAGUGUCACUGCUGAAAAAGUGGGAUACGCUAUCAGUGGGCCUGACGCUAACGGAGUUUUUUCAGCACACAAACUCGCUGAGAUUAUUGUCGAGGUGACAGACCAAGCUGAUGAUUCCUCUCUGCAAGGUGUUCUCUUGUCAUUAUCUGGUGGACAGAGCUACCGUAAAAACAGCAUCACGCCUGAGCAAGGCCAGCUGUCGUUCAACUCUCUGUCUCCAGGAGAAUACUACCUAAGGCCAAUGAUGAAAGAGUACAGAUUUGAUCCUCCGUCUAAAAUGAUCACUGUGACAGAGGGCGCGACUCUCCGGGUUAAAUUGUCCGGUAAUCGAGUUGCGUUCAGUGCUUACGGAGUAGUGACUUCUCUUAACGGCGAACCUGAACCUGGUUUGAUCGUAGAAGCUCAGGGUCAAGGAGACUGCUCAAAUCUUCAAGAAGAAGCGACUACUGAAGAGAAUGGAAAUUUCAGAAUCAGAGGACUCCAACCUACUUGCAUGUAUAUAAUCCGUUUGAAACCGAAUACUGAAGUUAAUGCCCACAUUCACCGAGUCUCUCCGAGCUCUAUUGCUGCCCAAGCGACUGAAGACAUCAGCAAGCUUCGUUUCGUCGCUUUCCAUCCGAUCUCACGUACAGACUUGGCCGUACGUGUUUUCUCCGACCCACCCGAGCAUUAUCGGACUCUUAAAGUUAAGCUUUGUCGUGAAGAUCAACCGGACUCGCCUAUUCACACCGCUAAAAUAGAUCCGCAACAAGCUAAUAAAUUUACGAGCCACAGCAAUCCUGGAUUUUUAAUCCACUUGCCAUCUUUGCAAUCAAAUGGCCGUAAGUACUUUGUUCAAUUGGACACUUCACUGUCUUCAUCGAUGUACAAGUACAGGAUAGUUCCUAACUACUUUGAAGCUAACACUUCUUUUAAAGCUAUCACCCUGAAUUUUAAUGCUGAACGUAAAAUUGAUCAGGGAGAAAUGAGUCAGUCCUCGAUACUGGCUCUGCCAUUUAUUAUGAUGGUUGCACUGGCGUUUUUGAAUCGUGAUAAAUUAUGGAGUUGGUUGAAUUCCGCUGUUGAUUAUUGGAGUAAACCGACUCUAGUGUCAAGAUCUUCUCAGCCUGUUGCGCCGAUUGAUCCUCGGGCUGAUGAUAUUAUCGUCGAACAAAUAAUGAAUAUCAAUAAACGUAAAACAAAACCUCGUAAGACUUAA